CCGCAUUUGUUUGCAAUUUGUUUACAUUUACAGAAAUGCUAAUUAUUCAUUUAUUAAUAACAUUUAUUAUAAGUUUUGGGAGUAAAGGAUGUGCAGAAGACGAUGGACUUUGCAGUGCCGAGCAAACAACUUGUGGGCAAAGUGAACCUGACCAAAUAAAUCAGGAUGAGUUUGGCUUCAAAAUACGUAGGCAGAUCGAGAAAGCUUAUGCCGACUACAAGCCUUGCAGCAGUGAUCCCAAGGACUCCGACUGCUCCUGCCAUGCACCUGUUUUAAAAAAAGACCUAGCGGCCUAUAAGUCAACAGGUGUCACCAGGCAAAUGAUCGAAAGUUCUUCGAGAUAUGGCACGAAGUAUAAAAUUUACGAACAUCGUUUGUAUCGGGAUGCCAACUGCAUGUUCCCAGCCCGCUGCCAAGGCAUCGAACACUUUCUACUGCCGCUGGUGCCAACGCUACCUAAUAUGGACUUGAUAAUAAACACCAGGGAUUACCCGCAACUUAAUGCCGCUUGGGGAAAUUCUGCUAGCGGUCCGGUGUUCUCGUUCUCCAAGACAGAAGAAUACCGCGAUAUUAUGUAUCCAGCAUGGACAUUCUGGGCAGGAGGACCGGCCACCAAGCUUCAUCCACGUGGAAUCGGACGCUGGGAUCAGAUGCGCGAAAAACUAGAGAAGCGGGCGGCUGCUAUUCCCUGGUCCCAAAAGCGCGAUCUGGGCUUUUUUCGCGGCUCUCGCACUUCUGACGAGAGGGAUUCUCUAAUACUGCUCUCCCGUCGCAAUCCGGAGGUGGUCGAGGCUCAAUACACGAAAAACCAAGGAUGGAAAUCGCCCAAAGAUACCCUUGAUGCUCCAGCCGCUGAUGAGGUCUCCUUCGAGGAUCACUGCAAAUACAAGUACUUGUUUAAUUUUCGAGGAGUGGCCGCCAGUUUCCGGCUAAAGCAUUUGUUCCUUUGCAAAUCGCUGGUCUUUCACGUGGGCGACGAGUGGCAGGAGUUCUUCUAUGACCAACUGAAGCCCUGGGUGCAUUAUGUGCCACUAAAAAGCUACCCCAGUCAGCAGGAUUAUGAGGAAAUCCUUUCUUUCUUCAAGAAAAACGACGACCUAGCUCAGCAAAUCGCACAGCGAGGAUACGACUUUAUCUGGGAGCACCUGCGCAUGAAGGAUAUCAAGUGCUACUGGCGGAAACUGCUGAAGAGCUAUGUGAAGUUGCUGAAGUACGAGAUUAAGCCGGAAGAUCAGUUAAUCUAUAUUGCUCCCGUUAGGAAUGAACUGUAAAGACUAGGAAACUAUCGUAUGUAUUUGAAUUGGUAUUACGUUAAACGAUUAUUAGAUUUAAUUGAUUUUUUAUAAAAGUAUUUAUUUCUAAAAGAAAGAAAAUCUCAUCUUUCCCUCCUUUUUCAAAUUACAUAUCUCUAAUAUCCUUAACAAAAUAAAAAAAAAUGUUUUUAGAGCCUUAAUUUAUGAAACUCAGAAACCGUUUGUUUUAAGACUCAAAAUUUGUUUAGGUACAUUUGGAAAGCAUGUAAAAUCUACAAAAAUAUAAUGUUAACCUUAA